GCAUGGGGCAGUCAAUCGAGCGGAUGGACUGGACGCUGCAACGCCAACACCACGACAUGACGGCGCUCUUUCGCGGCGUCAACUACGUCCCGCCGCCCUUUGACAGCACCUUCCUCGGCCAAAACUAUGAAGGCGAGGACGAGGAGGAUAACUCCUAUGCACCAUCCUCCUCCCCCGACGAGGCCGACUUUGAAGAUGCGGUCGACGGCGAUCCCAUGGACGUCGAGGACGACGAGGAUGACGACGAGGACGCCGAUGCUUAGACUUCUCUUUUCUCUUCUUCCUAUGAUUGUAAUUCUUAUUUUUUUUCUUCCAUUCCGUUGUAUUCCGCAUUUCCCUUUUUCAUGAAUAAAAGUUUACUUUUACAAUUCUAAAGUUUACUUUUAAUUCUUUUUGUUAAUGUCAAAAGGGGGAAGAUAUUAAGGUUAUGCAUAAAGUAAGGGGGAAUUU